ACCAACACCCUCCAUUAGAUGAUGCAGCAUAGGUGCAGUAGCAGCUGCGGCCAAUGUUCUUGCUGCGGCGGCGCCGCUUCUUCUGCGGCGGCUUUUUCUAUGUUCUUGUCUAUGCCGAAUAGUAAUCAUCACAGCCAAUGCUACAAAACUUGUGCGAUUCACAGUGAAGAUGAGAACAACAUGUAUUCCUUUGCGGCGGCGUCUGUGGAUUGUACUCUUUCUUUAGCGACUCCCUCCACUCGUCGCUUCAAUGAGAAUGAGAAACGCGGCAUGUCCAACUUCUGCUGGGAUAUUUUGCAGCCGUCCAAGCAACCGCCGCCCUCCUCCGUCCAUAAAUCCGCCGCCGACACCAUAGUCCCUCGCCGCUGCGCUAACUGCGACACCACCUCCACUCCCCUCUGGAGAAACGGCCCUCGCGGCCCUAAGUCACUUUGCAACGCGUGCGGAAUUAGAUUCAAGAAAGAGGAGAGGAGAGCGAGCGCGGCGGCGGCGGCGACGGCGACCGCAGGCGGAGUAGGGAUUGAGGCGCAACACAUGAUAAAUACUUCAUGGGUUCAUCAUCAUCACCACCACAAUCAAGCCCAGAAAAUGGGUUACUACUCGUCGGCGGCAUACGGGUUCAUCGACGACGACCAUCGCGAUUCCGAUGCCGCCGCCGGCGCCAUUCCCUUCCUCUCCUGGCGUCUCAGCAACGUCGCCGACCGCUCCAGCCUCGUUCAUGACUUCACCAGAUGAAAAAGCAAAGCAAAGCAAAGCAAAACCCCCUAUCGUAUCCAAAAAAAUAAAUAAAUAAAAAAGAACGAAGAACAAUGUUCAAACUCCUGGAAAAAUCUGUGGCGCAUGAAUUGAUUCUAUUUGUUCACUGUUACUGCUUUUUAGUUUUGGUUCUUUUUGGACCGUUGUUGAUGGAUGAAGUGAA